UUCCUUUUUCUCAUGCUGCCUCACAUUUCACAUCAACAUUUCCUCCUUGUGAGUGCAUCGAGGUCAAUAUGGGGAAGAUCGAGUGGGCUAUGUGGGCAAAUGAGCAGGCUCUGGCUGCUGGUCUCAUUCUCCUCACUGGAGGCAUUGUGGGGGUGGCAGGACUGUUCAGAGGGUGGCAGUUUGCUGCCUAUGCUAUCGUCGCUGGCGUGUUUGUGUGUCUGCUGGAGUACCCGAGAAGCAGAAGGGCAAAGGGCACUGGUGUGGAACGAAAGGGGCAGUACUGUUUCACUGUGUGUGUGAAAGCGUUUGGGCCCCUGACAAGGAACUACUACGUCAGGGCCUUUUUACAUGCUGCGCUGUGCAUUCCUGCUGGGUUUAUUCUUGCUACUGUUCUAGGAUGCGUCUGCCUUGCUAUCGCCAGCCUCAUUUACCUCUCAGCGGCCAUCCAUGGAGAACACUGGGAACCCAUUCUCCCAAGAGUGGAAGUCAGAAGGCCAGCUCCAAGCAUUAAGAAUCCCCCCCAAAAUCCUCCACCAAGACCUCCAGCAGAGAUGCGCAGAAAAAAUGUUGAUUACAUGGAAGAUGCCUCUUAUGAUAAUCCCAUGGCUGUCAUCGAUGAGAAGUAACCUGACUGGUUUCCCUUUCUCCAUUCUGUGGUUUUGCUGAAAUGCUAACAGAGGUUUAAUGAACCUUGUGAAUUUUGGUUAACACCUUUUGAACAAUGGGCGACAGCGUGAAUGUCAUUUUAGUUUUGGGGAGGAGGGGAAAAUGUCACAGUGCAUACAUUGUAGCUGCUGAAUGGAAUCACAUAUAAUAACUAAAGAUGUUUACACUUGUGAUUUACAUUUUCUUCUCCCCCUGUCUUAUCUAUUGUAUAAGAGCCUUGCAUCCACUCCAAUGCAAUUGCACACACCAGUGCAUGCACUUUUAUUCCUCAACUAUUCGCUUGGGUUAAUUCGCCAUUUAUUUUUGUUUUUUGCUUGUAUCACAUUGAAACACUGGGGGGGGGGAAUAAUACUAUAGUUUUCUCUACUUGAUGUAAAUAAAUCAUUAUUUUUAUCAAGUCUA